AUGUUGAAGAAUGUAUUGGGAUACACAUAUACCUUAAAUAGAUGUUUGCAAAUGAGAGACAGUUUUAUGGUCAAUGGCAUUAAGCUCAUUGAUAUUACAAAGCAUCAGUUAGAAAAAAUGCUGGGGGAUGAUGAAUUGGAAAAUUUUCUUAAAGAUGUCACUACUUUUUGUGCAAAGCAUGACAUCAAAGUCCCUAGCAUGGAUGAUAUUUAUGAGCCAGUUUUAAAACCAAAGGGGUUCUUGAGAAAAGUCAAGAAUCUCCAACAUUACCGUGUUGAAAUUUUCACAAGCAUCCUUGAUAGAGCACUUCAAGAGUUGAAUGACAGGUUUGAUGAGAUGAACAUAGAUUUUCUUCUUGCCGUGGCAUCACUCGAUCCAGCUAGUUCAUUUUACCCAUAUAACAAAGACAGGUUACUUGAACUUGCUUGCUCUUAUCCAGAGGACUUCUCAAGCACAGAUUUGUAG